AUGACGGGCUUGAAGGACCUACUGAAGAAGAAGGACAAGCUCGAGAAGGAGAGAGGUCUGACGACUCAGGAGAAGCAAGAUGACUUGGAACUUCCGCAGUUCAAAUUUAUACGCACGACUACCGAGUCCGAAGAAGUAAUCCAGCCGCCUGUCUAUCCUGGAGAUGAAGCGAGUGGGAAGUCUGGCGAUGGGAGUAGUGAGAAGAGCAAAGAGAAGAAGCGACACACCCUCGGCUUCCGCAAGUCCUCUGCUGCAUCAACCAAGGACUCCACUGCAGAUGGCACCACUCAGGACGAAAACGCUAGAGUACUACCCGUGAGGCCGAAGGCAGAGAGACGCCUGUCAGAGAGACUACACUUGCACAGGGACAAGUCACGAUCUACCUCGAUAGAAUCAAGUACGCAUUUACCAGACGACCUCCCAGAAGCACCGGAUGCUGUACCUGCACCAGCAAGAGAAGGUAGCAAGGUUGCGGCGGAAGAGAAGGUGGUGACAGAGCAGCGAGAAGUAGAAUGGGAAAAGCGAGCAACGAUACUAGCUCAAAGCAAUCCAUUACUGGAGGAACAAUUGCGACAACAUGAGAAACCGCGAUCACGAAGCAAAAGCCCAAGUAUAUCAGACGCUGGCGGCGAUGAGAACAUCCAAGAAGCCAUCCGUCUCCACGAGGCCGGCGAUCUGGAACCCUCAACAGCAAUGUUCGGCCGUCUCGCCAAUCCAAAAGGUGCAAACAACGCCCUCGCCCAAGUGCUCUACGGCCUCGCACUCCGUCAUGGCUGGGGUAUCCCUCCCGAACCAGAAAAAGCGAUCCACUACCUUUCUCUCGCAGCAUCAAACUCAGCAUCUAUAGAAGAACAGGCCCUAGCCUCAGGAAUGAAGAAAGGUGGUGCAGCGAAAGGCGAGCUAGUCCUUGCGAUAUUUGAGCUCGCGAAUUGUUUCCGGCAUGGUUGGGGUGUCAAGACUGAUCCUAUGGCUGCGAGACAUUAUUAUGAGACUGCUGCUAAUCUUGGGGAUACUGACGCUAUGGACGAAGCGGCUUGGUGUUUGAUGGAGGGGUUUGGGGGCCUGAAGGAUAAGUUCAAAGCAGCGCAAUACCUCCGACUGGCCGAGCAGAAAGGCAGCAAAUCGGUCGGCAAUUCCUGGUACGUACCCUCUCCCGCACCCUUUCUCCAGCUCGAGAUCUUUCAGACAGCUAUGCAUGGACGGUAA